CUUCACCAAACAACCAAACAACCGUAUACGGAAUUUGCAUUACGAGGUGUCCAAAAAAAAUCGCUCUACCAUGAUAACGACAAGGACGCACUCAGUAUUCCGUUCGCUCUCCUGGUCCAUCCGAUUUAAAUCGUCCUCGGCUAGACCCGAAAAUUCCUCUUUUUACAAACCCCUUCUUGGGCGAUAUGAUUACUUACCAUGCGAACUCUUCCGGAUAAACGCCUCCAAGAAAAUUAUCUUGCGGGACUACAACAAGCAAAUUGAGUCGGGAAGGAUUUCCUACGAUCUGCGUACACACGAGGAUGGCUUGGUUCAUCCUAAGCCUGGUCCUAUGUUUGAAGGUCCUAAUGGUGCAUCUGUUCGACCCAAUGGUGCUUUCUUACAAGAACUUGUUCGUACCUUCCGAGGGAAGAAUACCGUGAUAUAUCGCCUACCAGAAGGUACAAAACUUCCCUCGGACCUUGUUUGCCUGCACGAACAUACAGAUCAUCACUCGAUACAAUGCGCCGUACCCAUGACGCUCCGUGAACUUAAUGCCAAAGUCACUGAAUUUUGCCAUAAGUAUGGAGAGGCGAUGACCAAGGAGGAGUUCGUCGAGCGUUAUCCAUUCAUAUGAUCUGUAGGGAUGCCUUGCGUGUACAUGGAUUGAGUUUCCAUAGCUCCUUUCUCCGUUUUGAUAAACUUGGUUUGUGUACUCGAUGCUGCGAGUGA